GCAGGAGUAGUUCAACAUCCAGCACGGACGCGGCUCAUGCUGGUGUUCUUUCUGGUGCAUGUGCAACUACGUCCGAUACUGGAUCUCAAGUUGUUUGCCUUCCCUACCGAAUCCUGGACGACUCGACAUCCGAAAUGGUCAAAGCGAUACUGCCCCAGAAAAUCGACCACCUGAAGCGCAAUAAAGUGCUGGAUAUGCAUUGCAAAAGUAUCGCACUAGUAUAAACCAGCCAUGCUCCGGCUGACGCCGGAGCGCACGGCUGUUGUGCUGGGGUAUGACUAUUUGCGGAUCGGACCGCGACGUAAGAGCUUUGGGGGCAGCGUGACAGGCCGAGGGAAGUACUGCCGCCGGCUUGCGCCAUGUCAACCCGCAGGGGCCCCUGCGCGCUUCCCGCGCCUUUAGGCGCUAUGCGCAGGGAGCAACUGCAGCGAAGCUUGGGGGCGAAGAAAAGCCGCCGCGACGUAGGUGCCGAAGCAGAACGGGGACCGCGCUGCCCUUUGUUGAUCACUCUCCCGCGCCCGCCCAUCUGAUUCCCAGGCGGAAGCUGUGGGCGCGGGGGUGGCGCGAGAGGAUGGCGCGAGAGGGUGGCGCGAGAGGGUGGCGCGAGAGGGUGGCGCGAGAGGGUGCGCGAGGGGGUGGCGCGAGAGGGUGCGGGCCGACGCAUGAAAAAGCCCCAAAAGAAUCGACCCUGUGCCGGGCGGAUUCGGCUUCUUUUAACCCUCUCGCAGACCCUCUUUUUCACCUCUCCCGAGAGGUGUUGCUAAUAAUCCGGCUAUACUCGCCGGUAGAGGUCUACAGAGGUGGCCGAGAGGUGGCCCAGAGGGUGCGCGGGAGGUGUGCCCUUAUUCGCGCAACCUCUCGGCACCUCUGUCCCCCUCUCGCUUACCCUCUCGGGACCCUCUCGGCCACCUCUGGGCCCCAUAGGCGCGGCUUUAGGGCGAGUCCUUCGGCGGGCUAUACUCGCGCACCCUCUCGGCCACCCUCUCGAAUGACCUCCCGCGCCACCUCUCCACCUCUGUCGACCUCUUUUUGACCUCUGUCGACCUCUUUUUUACCUCUCGGCCACCUCUCUUCGACCCUCUGUAGACCUCUUUUUUCGCAUGAAUAUAAUAGAUAGUAAUUGCAUUACAAAUUUUAUCAGAAAGAAGAAUGGUGGAAUUUGUAAUGCUAAUUCGGCUAAAAAGGUAGGUUUGUCAUGCAAGCUUGCAAUUAGUACGAGUACGAUACUUUUGCACCGGAUACUGGAAGUCCUGUCGCAAUUACCGGACAACCGAGGGAACAAUGCGCAUGUUGCUGCGACCACACCCGGACCGGGGAAAUGCGGCGAAAACGCCAGCAGCGAUGAACCUGAGACAACUGGAAACUGCAACAGGAGUUCAUCUUUCACAUCAAGUUCUCAUUCACAGUCGCACAUAAAGGACAAACUCCUGUCUCCCUCUCCGUCACGCAUCUGCACCACCACAAGCAGUGUGAAAUCCCUCGGCGUCUCGCCGAUUAUCUUGGAAGCUUUGGUGGAGCACUACGAUUUCAAAGUGCAAGAUUUGGUCUUCGUAUCAAACUGAAAAAUCCCCCCACCCCAUACUCAAACUAGAAAUUUGUGAUGCAGAUUUGUGGUCACAAAUCAGCUUUGUCAUGCUAGAAGGGAAAAGAUGCGGGCUGUAGUGCUGGUUGGCGUGGGAAAGCCUUGCAUCUUCAGCAUAACAGGGGGCAGCUGGAAGUGGGAAACAGCAGGACAAAUUGCCUGCAAACGAGGCCACAGCUGCGUCUCUUGGCCUUCUAGCAUUACUCAAAUGCCGCUAGUGGUUACUCAGAUCACCUUGUUACUCAAGUCGAUUUGUGUACUCAAAUGCAGCACCACAAAUUUCGUUUUCGAUAUGGGGAGGGGGGAUUUUUCCUUUUGAUACUUCGUCUCGGAACUAUUACGCCGGAAUCCGGAUCUUAACGUCCGAAGAGCGUUUGAAAACAGGAUUUUCGAAGCGCAUAGUUUGGCUGUGAUAGGCGAGGACCAGCAUGUUGCAGCAAGUGGUCGUAGUCAUAAUGCUCUCGCAAGUAGUGGGGCUGAUGCUGAGGACGAACGUGUCAAAGAAAAUGGUAGAGGAAGUGGAGAAGGGGAAGGCAUAUCUCCUGCUACAAUACCCGAACACAUUCGCUUUGCGAUUUUGGAAGACUCGAUAGUGCAGGUUCCUCUUCGAGACGGUGCCAACAUCCUAGAAGAGGUACAACUACAAGACGGUUAUGAUGGAAAAGAAUGCAUCCGUCAAAAUCGAAUGUCGUUCUCGGCCGACGCCAUCGCCUUAGCGAUAAUUCAGUACUCCUCGCAUGGUCGGAGUAAUCAUUGGUUGUUGGGCGGAAAAAGUGAAAGUGGAGCAGCGCUGUCAGAGAGCUGCCAAAGAAGAACAUCAUUUUUUUCAUCACCUCAUGGUGCCGCCGAACGUCCUCGAGAACAGCUUCUGGCGCUAGACCAAGUCACUCCCAACUUGCUCCCCGCGCUGCUUUCCGUUGCAGUCACGAAAUACAGCACGAGCUCGAAUUUGUUAGCAGCGGACAGAGAGUUGCUUUUCUCUCGGAUCACGGAGAUAAUCCUUCUCAUUGACCAUAAUAUCCAAGGAAAAAAUGUAAAAGAUAACGGCGAAGCGACCACAAACAGCGACACAAGUCUGCAAGAACCUAGUGUUGAAACAACCGCUCUGCCUCUGUCUCCCCAAGCCCUGAUAGUCGCGGUAAAGGCGGCGAGUAGUGUGCUCCCUGCGGAGGAUUUUUCCGAAUUGUUCUUGGAGAAGUGGACAACAGCAGUGCUUGAAAAUCCGAAAACAAAACCGAAGCACGUCUGCAGACUAGCGAUCGCGUUGCGGGACGGAAUGCUGGACUGCGGGACUGUGCGGAGAAAGAUAAGAGUGAGACAUGCGGCGAAAAAUACUACCGGGCAAGAGCGCACGGGCUUGCUUCAACUAGACGAGGAAAGAACGCGAAACGAGGACCACACAACUCUCGCGACGGGCAGAAGGCACUUCUAUUCGUGUCUCGAAAGGCUGAAUCAGAAUACGAGCAGCGAUCUUUCUGUCCACUACCUUACCGCGGUGUCCGAGUUGCCGGAUGUGGAAGACGUGCUGGUAGCUUUGAAAUUCUACGCGGAUUAUUUCCGUUACGAAGUUCUUGCUCCCUUGAUAACAGAAAAUAAAGCAGAGGAUGUCGAAAUGCGCAAGUUUGGCUUCGAAGCCUCCCAAGUUUUUUCCGCGACGAAAACAGCGGCUCUUUCAUCUUCCUUGCCGUCAACAUGCUACAAAGCAGCGCACUUUGGCGGCUCUACUGAUGUCCCUGGCAAAAAUUCAUCCGUCUUCACACCGACGAUCCGCACACGUACGAGAAUAAUUCCCAUUCCGCCGGAUGUGAAAGCGGUUCUGAAUGCGAAAUUGAUUUUGAUUCAGGAGACCCUGAAGGAGUCUUGGCGCAAGCAGUUGGACCUGCAGAACACGUGCGCUAAACUAGGUUUGGAACUGGAGGAAAAGAUUCUGUUCGACCGGACAGCAUGCAACGCGAUCGGGUUGGAGCAUGUGGGUAAAGAUGAGUGCUUGGGAAGUGGUCCUCACGACGAGUUAUUGGAAGAGGACGAUGAAGAGCCGGUGGAUGAAGAUAACGAACUAGAGGACGAGCAAGUUGAAGAUAGCGAUGUCGUUGCCGCAGAUGAGACGACAGCAGCAGACGAAAAAGAAUUUGAAGUUGACGACGAUGCUGACGAAGAUAGAAGUACUGCAAGAACUGCUGAUGUGUCAGAAGACGAAUGCGCUAAAGUUAGUGGCAGAGCAGAUGUUAAACGCCAUCUCCAAGCGAAGACAAGCAUGCGGGAUAUGAGCAGUACUCCUCCUGCGAAAAGAAGGGACAGCCUCCGUCGCAAUCCUGAAGUGCAUGAAAUGGUGUCGGGGAAUAGCCGCAACGGUGACAGCAGUGACUCACAGACUCGUCCUGCCAGGAUUCAUCCUCGAAACGACAUUAAGUACACCGGGCCGCCGUGCGACCAUGGGCAGCGGGGAAUAGCUUAAGUAGAGGCAAGAAAAGCACACAGCGAGAAUGCUAGUACACGGCACGGCAUGAAGAUCGGCUUCUUAGCUAAUUGUGCGGUCGUCCAAACCGUUGAAUCGCAAUCGGCUUCCAGCCAGGGACGCUGCACCUCCGCCUGGUACUACGGAAAUAAAAUCAAAUGAACCCAUCCGGAAAUCAAAUGAACCCAUGCAGAAAUCAAGUGACACCAUGCGGGAAAAUAUGAACUCCAGAUUCGAAAUGUUGAACCCAUGAUGUUGACCACACUAGUACACAAAAGAUAAGGAUAGCUCCUUUCAUCUUGCUUUCUUUUGUAAGAUUUUGCACGGACGCUUUUUAGUGCUGGAAGAAAAGAUAGCUGUUUGAAACAUCACGUGAG